GUCACGUGGUACAAAUGGAGAACAUGCAGGCGGAGCUCACGGGCUUGUAGAGAGAGUGGAAGGAUAUCGAGUCACACGUGUGUGAUUAAUCAUUCCUGCUGAAUUGGGGGCCUACAUGAGUGGCCAAGAUUCUGGAUGCAUUCAUCUAGAAGAUUUAUACCAUGGAGAUUAAUGAGCCUGAAGAUACUAAGUUGUCUAAUUCCAACUUAGAUAAUGGUCUUGAGAAACUGGGAUUAGCUGAGGCCCACAGCAGCUCUGAGUAUGACAUCCUUACUGCCCCCCCAGAGGCCUUAUUAGACAACUUCUUGGGGAGUGUGAAGAAGGAUGCCUCUCCACCUUGGGGUGUAAAAGAGGCUCACAGUGAUGCAGUUGAUAAUGGCAGCAGCAGCUCAAAGACAAAUACAAAGGAUUCUGCUGAAGCAGAAAAGCAAAAAUCCUUCUUUCAUUUGAGUGAUAACAUGAAGAAGGACUUGUCAUUGCUUACCUAUCCUUCCAAACCUCAGCCUCGAAAGAAGGGCGUUAUAUCUAGCAGAACCAUUCCAGCUUCCAGAAUCACAAUUGCAGAAGCCUUGGAGAAAGCAAAAGAUGCAAGGAAGAGCAUCACUGGCUUACAUGCCACCUCAGAUCAGCCAAAUGUCAAAGAAAAGGGUAUUUCUGAAUUCCCAAGUAAUUGCCACAGUACAAUUGUGGACAAAAGCGGUAAAGAAUCUCAAAAUGCAAUAGGGCCGCCGGCAGGCAGUGGCGCUCCUGAGACGCCCAGAAUUAGAGUGAAGAAAUUCGACUUGGCAGUGACUAGUGAGAGUGUAGCAGAGGGCAGUGGUUCUAAUGCAGCUGCCAGUGAGUCUGCCUCAAGCAACGAAGGUCAAACAGUGUUACUGGCAGGCAAGUCAAAGUCUGGCACAUCUCGGAUACAGAUGACAAGGAGAAUGUGGGAACUGCUAAAGUUUACCUUCAUUCACGAACAUUUUCCAUCGUCCGUCCACAUGGCACGGCUCGCUAAAAUGAUGGGGAUACCUUGGUCACAGGUUCGAAAUUGGUUCACUGAUCGGCGGGUGGACAACAAGAAGGCUGGCAUUUACCCCCGAGACAGGCCCCUCACAGACUGUCCUUACUGUAAUGUUUUCCUCAAGACUGAAGCAGAACAGAAAACUCACCUCUUCUCUUCAUCACAUGUCAGAAGAAUUCUUGGAGGAGAGUACUGUGGUGGUGUUGGUGGUGGUUGUGGUGGAGGACCGUCAGAAUCCAUCAAGUGGAAGAAGCUUCCCAAAACAGUAAAUGCUGUCAGCAGUGUGUCUGGUGCCAGGAUCCUUGCUGUUGGGUUCAGCGCUGAGGAAGGCAAGAAGGAACCGGAAAAGAAGAAAAUGGAGACAGCAGUGGGAAAACCUGCAAACUCCAGGGAACUGAAGAAGCUGUGGACAGAUGCCAUGUUGCAUCCCGAGGAGAAGGAACAAGCGGCUGCCGAGUGGGACAGUGUUAGAGUCACUGGAGAAAAAAGCUCUGACAAUCACUGCAAGCCGUACAUCCAAGGAAAAAGGGAUACUACUUACACUUUGAGAAUGGCAGAUUUAAAAGAAAAACUUGCAGAGCAAAAGCAACAUGAAAAUAUGUAUGAUGGGAAAGUGAUUGUCAAUAGUAAGGUUGUGUCCAUUCCUGUUAAUGUAGGUGAUAUUCCCAGUAAUGUAAGUGACAGUGUUCCAGUGACUGUGAAUAGUUCCACAACAAUGACCACGGCAGUUAGUUCACGUGAUCCUGAUGCCGCGAACACAACUGUUGUUUCCUCAGUGAUGCCUGGAGACUUGCACCUCAAGAAGCAUCAUCAGACUGAAGACAUGUCUGCUUUACUGGAGUUAGAAAUGCCAAGGAAAGUUGCUGCCACUGGAAAGAAGCACAACAUUGGUGGCAGGUUGGAAUCUUCAUCAGAGAAACCCAUCACGCUGUCUGCAGAACUUCUUUGCAAAGCUUAUAAAGGAACUUUUCCCAAUGUGAAAACUAAGAGCAAGUCUACAAGUUCAAAAAGUGGAUUCCUAAGUUCAUCAAAUGUCAACAGGGAAAACAAAUCUUUUAAGUCUUCUGUAAUUACUGUACAAGACAUGGAAGUGAAACAGGAGCAUGUACUUGAUGACUCAGUGAACAAUAUUACUUUAUACAAAGGUGAUGCCAGUGAUGGGCAAAAUAAGUGUGAAGCAGUGGUAGUAAAUGCAAGCAAACAGUCUGUAAUCAUCAAUCAGAAUGUGUCUGGCUCACCGAAAAAUUUACAACAGUUGCAAAAAACUAGUUUGGGAACUCAUGACCCAUCACUAAUAAAAUCAAAGAGUGGAUUAGCAGUCAAUAAGAUAUCCAGAAUCAGCAUUGAUAAGAGAAAAGACAAACUUCGAACUCAACCACUUGGCUCAGUGUUAAGGGCAGAAAAGACAGCGGCAUUAGCAUACGAGGGAAACAUCAUUGUUGGCUACCAGUGUCCUAACUGCAACAAAGUAUAUCAAACCGAGUGGCUGAUGAUAAAGCACAGUGUCACUCACUUCAAAUAUCAUUGUGAUAUAUGUUUCCAAACUUAUCCAACUGAAAAUAUGAUGAAGAUUCAUUUGCUUGAUCAUCUUACUGGGGCAUAUGAAGAUGAAAAGUAUUACUGUCAGUUCUCAUGCAAGAUCUGUCACAGUUUAAAAUGUGGUUGUUUUGAGCCAACAUACUGUAAGCCCCAAGAUUUACCAAGAUUAUUUUUCAGGCCACAGAAGGCAAGGAGAUCAAAGAAAGGCUUUAUCACCAAGCUGAAUUCUGGUCCUAAUGAUCACUUGAAGAUUAGUUUAUCAAGUUACAAAAAAUUGUUGCUUUCUGAAAGUCUAGGAAAUUCUUCCAAGGAAAAACUAGAAAAAACAGCUCCUCAAAAAACAGUAGUUUUCCAGGACACCAAAAAAACUGUUGUAAUUGAAAAUGAUCAGAAGGCAUCAAGUGUAGCAGAUUCCCAAAAGCCAGUCAUUGUCCUGAGGGAAGUGCAUAAACCUAACACCUUAAUAGAAGCAUCAAAAGUUCCCACAGUGGAAAGAGAGAGCAAGGAAUACAUCAUUGUUAAAACAGAAACUACUCCUGCAGUCCUGACAAAAGAAAGAGACCCUGUGGACAGUGUUGCCAGUGUAUCUGGUGAACAGGUAAAGUUAAGACCAAUUAUCAGCACUGUAGAGAAAGACCUGAUCCUAGCAAGGGAGAAACAACAGAACUGGAAACGAAUAAAAAGAAAAUUAGCUCUGAGUUACGAAAGAGAUGCGACUCCUUCCCCUCAGCCUCCAUGUCCUAACAAGCUUGAAGAGACAGAGGAUGCACCAGGUACUAAGAGAGGUGGAGGUAGAAGACGAACAGCUAAGCAGUCCAGUAAUUUUGUAUAUGAUGAUACAGACUUUUAUUACAUGUGUGAAAUCUGUGAUGCCAGCUUCACAUGCAAAGCUGAACUGAGUGAGCACAUGUUCCUCCACCGCCUUAAAUCCCGCAGUCGAGGAGAAAAGAGAGGCAUUUCUUGGGCAGCAGAGGAAAAGGUGCCUAAAAAGGUCAAAGUCAGUGAAGUACAAGAUCAAACCAGCACGCCAAUUGCCGCUCCUGAAAAUCACACUUGUGAAUUGUGCCACACUAAUUUUUCAAAAAUGGCAGAUUAUUAUGCACACAAGAUUAUGGCUCACAAUGAAACACCAGAACAACCACCUCAGAAGCUGGAAGUUUUCCGGUGCAACUACUGUGAUAAAAUUUACCGCAGAAGAAGAGAACUGAAGAGGCAUUUGAAACGUGAUUGUACACAUGCCCCGUCUUCUCUCAAAGGAGAACUAUCGAGUGCCUCCUCUUCAAAUAAUGCUAUAGAAGAAGCACAUUACACUACCGUUAAGAUAGACUUUGAUGACAGAUCAGAUGCAGCCACAAAGUUUGUGAGCAGAGGUGCUGCUAGGGGUCCUAUUAUUUGUAAGUACUGCCUGGCAGUAACAAAAAGAGAAGCAGAGAUGAAACGCCACAUCUGGAAGUUUUGUCUCAAGGUUCCUGCUGAUGUUGUAAAGAAAUUUAUGGAUGGUGCAUCAUUAGAAGAACUUGGGUUUAAGUAUAUAAGAGAAGAAGCAUCCAUUAAAGGUUCAUCCACAAAUAGGCCCCAAAAUACCCCCACAGAUAUUUCAGUGUCACAAAGUGCUGUUGAGGGAUCCUUGGAUAAAAUACAAAGUGUUAAACAUCCAGAGUCCUGCACAGAAUCAAGUUCAGAGAAACAGACUUCAUUAGAAGUGAAGUCAUAUGUGCUGUUGGAAUCUCCUGAAAUAAAUCCAACCAAAUAUUCCUCACAAAUGCCACCUCAUCAAAAAAUAUCACAUGUACAAAAAAGUACAUCUCCAGAUCCAAACAUCCUGGAAAAGAAAACAUUAUCCAUUCAAGGUGUAUUUGAAGAGUCAGACACUGAAAAAGUCUCAGAAAUGGAAACCUCUGAUGUGCAAUCAGUAUCCUCUGAAGGACAAAGUUUGAGCACAGUUCCUGCAGAAGAAUCUGUGAAAAAUGAGCCUGAAAAACUAACUCCAGUCAAAUCCUCAUCAAAAGUAAAUCAACCUCCAGAAAAACAAAGUCCCAACAAAUCCCAUUCAGAAGAAACAAAGAUAGAGUCCUCGGGUGGUGCAGAUGAAGCAGCACAGUCAGCGGCCUCCACCAGCCCUCUAGCUAGUCCUGUUAUGCAGUUUCCUGUUGUUGUUCCAGUGAUGACAGCAUCACAAAAAUCAAAAAGACCUUUAGUGUGUGGCUACUGUGGCAUCUGGUAUUUUCGAGAAAUGGCUAUUUUAAAACACAUGAAGGAGCGAUGCAUCAAAAUACCAGAGUUUGAGAAAACCUUUUUGAUACAAAACAGUAGCCUUUGUAAUGUAGCUCAGAAAGUAGGAGGAGUUGACCUUGCAGCAGAGAAUGGUGCUGUGUACAAGAUGGUCAAGAUGCCUGAACAUCUGCAGAACUCACCCAUUCUUGUGCCAAAAGAUGUAACCAAUGAAGACAUUAAGGAAUUAAAUAAAAACAUUAAAGCUUAUAGUGAAAGUACACCCACAGAAGCCAAACCCUCGGUGAAUGAACGAGUUGAGGCGCCGCCUGUACCUGCUGCACCAGUUGCACCUGCCGCACCUGCAGCAAAUACGACUCGUAGCACAACUGGCAAGAGAGGUUCAAGAUGCCGUAGGUGUCACGAACACUUCAGCUCACAGGAGGCUGUUUUGGCGCACAGCAGUGUUCACCAUGGACCAAAGAAAGGCUUUUAUAAGUGCAAACUUUGUCAUGCUAGAUUGGUUAAAUAUAAGCAGCUGAGAGAGCAUGUCUGGGAACACACUAAUGAAAAUCCCUAUCGUUGUCACUUGUGUCAAGUGAGGUACAGGUCUAGUGAUUUGCUUGUUGAUCAUCUACUGACAAAGCACCAGUACACCUCCAUCAAUGACAAGAAUCUGUACAAGUGGUUACCAGGCCGCCAUGGGAAGUACAGGGACAUCAAAGCAAAGGUCACUGACUGUGAAGAAAAACUUGAUGAUGUAGAUACUAAUUUGGACAGUGUUGCAGAAGUCAUGGUCAUAACAGAUAAAGAUAUUUGUUCAGAGAGAGAUGAAAGUAAAGAUACUAAAGGCAAUAGUGACAAACAGAAGCAGUCAGAAGGAAGUGAAAUCAUCAAGGAAGACAAUGAAAGCCUCCAAAAGAAUUCCACUUGUAAUAAAAAUUUAUGUGAAAACAACUGUAUAUCAAAUGAAUCAAAAACAGCACCAGAAAGUUCAACCAGCAGCUCAGAUCACACAUUUGAUAGUAAUGCAAUCAGUGAAAAUGUGACUGCAGACAAAAUGUACACUUCAAAAGAAGGAAAGAGAAAUACAAAAGUAAGUUCAGUAAAGAUUUCUUGUGACGGUUCAAUUGUUAAACAAACAACAGUGCAGGAUGGGAGUGAAGAUGAAGAGCAGACUUUGCCAGCCAACUCUCUCACAGGCAAUAAGAGCAAGAGUGAUGAUGAACAGAAUAGGGAGACAAUCAGUAAAGGAACAGAUACUGAUGAUGCAGAAUCUGGAACCAUUGAUAACUACACGGGAGAAGGACUCUUGCCCCUUGUGGACAAUCUUGACAGUGUAGUGGAAACUAUUCACUUGACAGACAAACAUCUAUCAUGAUUCAUGAAAUUGAAUAUCAAUUGUGAGUGAAAGAAAGUCUCAUAAUGAAGGAUAUAUUUUUAUUAUUGAUGGAUAUUUCUUUCCCCAGUGCCCAUUUCACUCUCACCAUGGAACAGAAGUCGUGUCAAUUUUGUUGCCAUCAAAAGUGUGCCAUUCUGUAAUGUCACAAGUUAUCUGAACACAUCAGGGAUGCAUCAACCUCUUGUUUGUGAUACAUACUAAGUUACGUAAUUUUAAGAAUUUUUCUAUGUGAUGUAAUAGACAUAAGUACAAAUAAAUAUUAUCAGGAA